UGUCAUUUUGGUGUGUGGUUUAUUCCUAUUAACCGAUUUUUAAUGGGUUUUGCGUGUGUAACGUGUGUGAUUGUGAUGCGUUCAUGAAACAGAAAAGAACAACUGUUGAUCGUCUGCUAGGCACUUGUGGGAUUCCAUUUUUCCAGUGCACAAACGAGUAAAAACACUGAACAAUUUGCCAGCACUAUCGAGGUUUGAUGCUGAAUUGUUUUGAAAAAUACAGUGUAGUGUCGGGUCAUAAGAUAUUUGGAUAUGGUGGAUUUUUGGACGUAAAUUUGCCAUUGAUUUAUUGUUAUCUCCCGGGCUAGUUCACUUCUAUCUCGGCUCGUAAUGGACCAAUUUGCAUCAGUGGUUGCGUAUUGAAUGAAUCGAGUCUAGUUCCGGAUUGAUCAACAGAGCAUUCAUCAUUGAUCAAGUGUUGUGAUUACAGAUACACUUACAUUACCAGUACAGUGAUUUUUCUAGUAUAAACAUGCAUGUUUAGAAUCCGUUUAGCUCAUUCGAUACAUGUCAGUUUUGCAGGAGCAUAUGUGUGUGGGAGUAUUAUUAAGUCAUUAACAUAUGUACAUUGUUUACAUGUAGGUCAACUGCUUUCAGCAUAUACAAUUUCUUGCAGACUGUUUGUUUUAUCAUGAACUGAUGAACCAGGAGCAUUUGUAAUCGUUGAAUGAAAUACUCUGAUAUCCAUGAUAGUGAACCAAGAUUAUUGGUGCUAUAUGCAAGUAUUAUCAGGCUGAAUUGACAGAAAGCCAGCAAUACAUACUAUAUAUCAAAUUGUGGAAGGAUCUGAAAUUUUUGGUAAAUUGAAAGUGAACAGUGUUAACAUUUAAAAAAAAUUGUGGUUGUAAGUAUUUUCCAGAAUAAAAAAACAACAACCAGUAAUUUAACACAAUGGAUGAUUCCGAUUCACAGCGGAAGCAGGGCACGAGAGUAUUCAAGAAGUCGAGCCCGAAUGGCAAGGUGACAGUUUACCUCGGCAAGCGAGAUUUUAUCGACCACCUGACACAUAUUGACCCAAUCGAUGGGGUAGUCUUAGUGGACCCGGAGUACCUGAAGGAGCGGAAAGUCUACGCCCACGUGCUAGCAGCAUUCCGAUAUGGCCGGGAGGAUUUGGACGUUCUUGGGCUCACGUUCCGAAAGGAUCUGUUUUUAGCAUCGUUGCAGGUUUAUCCUCCAGUCAAAGAGCAGCAGAAGCCACCCACGCGGCUGCAGGAACGAUUGAUUAAAAAGCUUGGGCCAAAUGCUUAUCCCUUUUUCUUUGAGCUGCCUCCAAAUGCGCCCGCCUCAGUGACACUUCAGCCGGCACCUGGUGACACAGGAAAGCCAUGCGGAGUGGACUACGAGUUAAAAACAUACGUGGCGGAGAACUUGGAUGAAAAACCUCACAAAAGGAAUUCCAUCCGUCUAGCAAUCAGGAAAUUGACGUAUGCACCUGAGGAACCUGCACCCCAGCCAUGUGCAGAAACGUCGAAAGAUUUCAUGAUGAGCCCUGGCAAUAUCAAGCUGGAAGCCACUCUGGAUAAGGAGAAAUAUUACCAUGGUGAAAGUAUAGCCAUCAACGUCCUCGUAGACAACAAUACAUCUAAAACAGUAAAAAAAGUCAAAUUAUCAGUUCGACAGUUUGCAGACAUAUGUUUGUUUUCUACGGCCCAGUAUAAAUGUACAGUCGCAGAAUUGGAAAGCGAGGAAGGGUUUCCGAUCCAGCCAAGCCAGACAGGUUUCUGUAAGGUGUUUCAUUUGACGCCUCUACUCUCAAACAACCGGGACAAGCGCGGCCUCGCUCUCGACGGGAAACUGAAACAUGAGGAUACAAACCUCGCAUCAUCCACAAUUGUCCAGGACAACGUUCAGAAGGAGAAUUUGGGUAUUGUGGUCUCAUACAAGGUGAAGGUCAGACUUAUCCUGGGAUUCGGGUCUGGGGACCUAUCUGUUGAGUUGCCAUUCACCUUGACACACCCGAAGCCUCAAGAGAGUCCCCCACCGUCGCGGUCUCUCUCCAUCAGCAAGCCCUCUGGGGAGGGCUCCGACCAGCCUGUCGAUACAAACCUCAUACAGCUUGAUACAAACGAGGAGGGUUAUGAGUAUCGUGACGAUGACUUUAUCUUCGAAGACUUUGCCCGACUACGUCUUAAAGGUCAUGACGGGGACGAUACAGAAGCAUAGGUCAAAAGGUCACUGAAUGUUUGAGCUUUGUUGACCUACUUUAUGUUUUAACCUUGAUUAUGAAGAUUAAUUAGGUCAAAAGGUCAUAGGUCAUUGUCAAGGUGAUGAAAGGCAUUCAAGGGCAAUGAUUAUAUAGACAUUGUUAUGUUAACAGUUGGUUCAACAUUACUGCCCAUCAAGUAUGAUAUUUAGCUAAGUUUAUAACAAAAACGUCAUAACAAAAACAUCAUUUUGUUGUCAUAGCAACGGUUGCUAGGCAGGGUCCUAGGUCAUCUCUAUAAUAUGUAAAUGUUUUAUCCCAAGUAUUGUUGAUAUUUUGAUGUUAUGUAUAUCAAUAUUUUACAAGCAAUCUUUCAUUGUAAUCACAUUUUAUCAAGAGCGCUUUUUAUAUGUGAAUUAACUCCAUUUUCAAAGUUUGAAUGCUAUUACCUCUUUUUAGUGUUUUAUAAUGUGUGUACAUGUAUGUUGUAACAUGACGUUAAAUGUUGAUAAUUAUGUUACUGAUUAGUGACCAUUUGGAUUGGAUGUUCGUGUUUGUUGUCUAACGUUUUACAAUCUUAAAGAAAGAUGCAAGUGAUAUCUCACUAAUUUUUCUUAAAGUUUUAUUCAUGAACGAUAAAGAUUCAUCAAAAACUAAAUUUAAGUAUGAUUUUUUUUUUAAUCAUUUUUAAUCCAAGGUUUAUACUAUAUUUCUUGCUUUGACUGCUGCACUCUCACAGAUUGACCAUUUUGACUUUUUUAUUUUUUUUAAUUGAAAUUAGACAAUUUUUGCAUAAAUGUCUAGAAACCAGUGAUACAAGACUGUUGACAAAAAAAAAAAUCACAGUUUUUCAACUUUGCAUUCAAGAAUUUAUGUUUUAUAGCGAAAAGUGUUACUAACCCUUUAAGAAAAAUGAUUUUUUCCGCAGUUUCCUAAACUAUUGAGAUCUGUUUUAUUGUGUGUUAUCCUAUAUGACUGAAUUGAAGGCAUUUAUACCAAAACUAGUCGAUUCUGAGACAAAAUCUAAAAACCUGUCAAUCUGUGAGAGUGCAGCUUUAAAGGCAAAUGUUCUAGAGAUGGUUUUCCUUCCAUAUCUGAUGAAACCUUUGUACACAGAUUUUUUACUUUGAAAUGCACCUUUAAAGGUCCAUGUACUGAAUGGCACAAUUCCAGAGGCCCCAGUGACAUUUCUAUACUGAGUUUAAAUUGAACUAUUAAUUCAGUAAUGAAAGGAAUAUGGAUUAAACAACUCUCAGGGCCUCAUAAGUGAGGGAAUGGGGAAAAAAAGAAAUUAACAGAAUCCUCAUUAACAUUCCUAUAAUGAUUUUAAAGUGAGUGAAUGGAAAAAUGCAGCUAAUCUAUGCGGUUGUCCUAAUUUCUUGUAACAAAAUGGAAUAUUUUCCUUUUAGGAGGUAAACAAAUCUUAUAUAAAUGAAUAAGAGUUCCUCGAAGAUAUUUGGAGAAAUCUUUCCUUUUUUCCUUAAAAAUAGUCUAAUCUGAAUGAAAAGAUGAUUAUUUUUUUUACAUAAAUGGAUAAAAUGGAUACAAUCAUUACCAACUUGGAAAUGAUUUGAUUAUCAUGAGGGUCAUGUGAAUUAAGAUCUCAUUACCAGAAUGAUGGCCCACACUAUUUUCCUUUUUAUAAUCUGGUCAUUGUAAUGCUAUUUUAUCUAAAUAGGACAUACCGUUGAAAUUUAAAUUCCGAAAUUCUGAAAUAGCUAUCAUAAUAUAACGAAAAAAAUUGUUCUUUACUGUUUCCCAACCUGCCGAAAAAAAUUCAGCCCAACCCUUAUUCUUUCUUUGCCAGCAGACAAACUCUCGCAGACCACCAAUUUUGUCCCUGCCCUUUUUUGUGAUAAAUCAUUGGUAGUUUAAUUCAUGGGAAAAUUGGGAAAUUAUACCCUGAUAAAAUGGCAAGGGUCUCAGUGUGUAAUUUAUUCUAAGCCAUAACUUCAUGAAGUAUAACAUUAAAAAAAUAUCACAAAAAAACGAUCCAAUGCUUUUAGCAAUAAAAUUAGCAAACAAAUUUUAAUGUUUUGGGCCUAAGGUUUGGUAUGAUUUUUCCAUCGCUUGCAUGUUUUAUGACUUGACAUUAUUUCAUAUCAGCAAAAAGCGUCGAGGAAGCGCGAUCAAGGCAACACCAGAGAAUGAAGAAAACGAAGAAAAUUCAGGAAAUGUUUUCAUUGGAUAGAAUUUCCCUCGUGUGAAAUCACUUGCUUUGCUUGGACAGCACUGCCAUGCUUUUACAUCUUCGAUAAUUAUGUUCACACAGACAUGUAUUUAAUCUUCUGUAUAUAUAGUCUAACAGGCUAGGAAAAAAUAAAUAUAGUUUAUUUCUGCCACUGUGGAGGCAACUGUGAACAUAAAUUUACUAUGUUAUCAUUGUAUUGUAUUUGAUAAUGGUACAAAUACCUAUGUGACCAGGUUUUGUACAGAACUUACAGUUAAAGCAAUUGGAUUAUUUUUAUUUAAUUGCAAUCUCAGAAUAAGGUGAAUGAUGUAUGGUUAGUGUAAUUUAAUAAUUAUUUUUAUAAAGGUUCGGAAAAAAAUGGUAAGAAUAAUUUACCUUUUACUUCUGUAUUGUCAACUAAUGCUCUUCAAUUUGGAGGGAAUAAAGAUAUCAGUCUUGCUCUCCAAUUUGGAGGAGUAAAAAAUAUCAGUUUUGCUCUCAAAUUUGGAGGAAUAAUUUUUUUUUAUCUUGCUCUUUAAUUUGGAGGAAUAAAAGUAAUACUUUUUAAGUAACACCAUUUGAAUAUUUUGAUUUAUUUCAUUUUCAAAAUUAAUGAUAUUUAACAGCUGUGUGAGCUGGUUAGUGGACAUAAGAAAAAAUAAGAGAUAUGUAUGCUUCUGAAAUAACAAAACAUCCAUAUUUCCAUAUUAUAAAUUCAUGACAUGUUGUUGUUUUUUAAGUCAAUAAAUAUAGUGUAUCUUCAUAGUUAUACAUUGUAUAUUUGAUCAAAUUAUGUGUAUGUGAAUAAAUGUUUAUUUAUGUAUUAUGUGCUGGAACAGAAUGAAUGAGCUUUGUUCUGUUAAUGAAUACUUGUAUAAGUUUCAUGAUAAAAAUAAAUGGACAGAUUCUGGAUGGAUUUGCACACUUGCCUCUUUAAACCAAAUGUGGCUGAGAAAUGCCAAAGCUGUCCCUUUCAAUUACAUGUACUUUUAAGGAAAAACUAAGGUUUUGACCUUUCAAAAUUUGCUGGUUUCAGGCGCUGCCUUAUACAGUGUGUUUAUACCACGUGCUACGUCGGAAGGCAAUAUUUUGCUUCGAAUGAAGACUUAAAACAAAAAUAACUUCACUAUUUCUUCACCAUUUUAGAUGAAACAUAGGGCAGUCUACGCCUCUUACAUAGCACUGCCUUCAGUUUUUAUCAGAGUUUGAUCGAGAGUUUAGUUUCUUCAAACACUUCGAAAAAUUCACAAUACAGUCGUCUGAUAGACAGAGCACUGUCAAAACAUCAUAUUUAAAACAGGUUUGUUGAAGUGUUUGAUAAAAUAAUCACUUUAUCAAACUUCAGUAAUAAAACAAAGCCGUGGCUCUUUAAGUGGCAUAGACUGCCCAUUGUUUUAUUUAAAUUGAUGCAGUAAAAGAAAAGUUAUCUUUGUUUUAAGUCUAUAUUUUAUGCAAAAUGUUGCCUUCCCAUGUAGCAUAUAUGACGUAAUUUAUGACGUGGUAUACACACACUAUUAUACAUAUAACUCUGACCAAGACCGCCAUGUAGAAUGACCGCCUGUCUUUUGUGAAUUAAUGCAUAAAUGAAGAAAUUUGACAUGUAUGUAAACUUCACAUCUAUUGUGACCCCAAAGCGUAAUUCUGGUGCUUUUAAUUUAUUGUUCUUGUCAUUGUUGUGUAGUUUUGUAAACAGAUCUGUGUAAAUAUACAUUUUGUAUACAUUUGUUCUCACUCUUCGUUAAAAUGUUGAAAUUUUUGUUGUAAUUAUACUUUUUCUUACAUUUUGAUAACAAUAAUGAAUCAGAUCAUUCAUCCUAUAAUAGUCUAAGGAAAGACGGACAAACGGUCAGAGGGAUGAUUCCAAUCUUUGAAAUUUAGUUUGCAUAUGAGAUUCUAACCCAAAGCAGGCUUGUAUACCUGUUGAAACAUUUUUCAAAGCCAUGUAUAACCAUUUCAAGGUAUUUCUUACUAUUGAUAAUGCAAUAGUCCAGCGAAAAACCCCAUCUUAUCAUCUGUACGACAGACUGAAAUUGAAAUCUCUUGAUCAUGUAAUCAGGAUUAAUUUUGAAUGUUAUCAUCCUUGAUUGUUAAAUUUUUAAUUUUGAUCAGAUUUACAUGAGCUAGUCUCUCAAAGUCAUGUUAGAGUGACAUUGCAUAAUUUAAAGGAAUGGCAUGACUUUGAAAGGAACAGUUAAGUUAACCCUUUGCAUGCUGGGUAAAUUGUUUUCUGCUCAAAAAUGUCGUCUGGUUUAUUCUAAAUUUCUUUCAAUUUACUUAAAACUUUGGGCAUAUAUUGACUGAGUGGCAAACAGCUUGGAACCUGACCAGGCGCCGAGUUACUCGGCGUCUGGUCUGGUCCAAGCUGUUUGCAAAGCAUUUAAAAUCGCCAUCAGCAGCCUAAGGGUUAAAUGCCUUAAUAGACAGUUAUGGGCUUGUAUUCUUACAACAGAAAUAGUGUGCUAGUGCUUUACAAUAAUCGUAGUUGUUGAUCAAUUAUGAGAGUUUGAAGAGAUUUUAAGUGCGUCUGUUCGAAAAAAAAAUUAAGAAAAAAAGCUGAGGUAUUCUCAUAGCCCUGGUAUCUGUUAUAAUUGUUGUCGGCAUCAGCAAAAUAAUCAUCUUUUGCCAUAACUCAUAAAACAUUCAAAAGAUUUCAAAUUUGUAAUUAUGCUGCCAUAGAAAAUAUACAUUUGUAAAACAAGGCUCAUUACUCUUAAUUUAAAAAUUGUUGAGUUAUAUCCCUUCUUUGAUUGAAAAAGCAUCAACAGACAAGUUUUGGGGCUCCAUGCGUUGCUCUAGUUUACCAAACUAACGUUUUGAGUUUUAAGACUGUUUCUCAGAGCUGACUCAAUAACUUUUGUGAACCACUUUUACUGUUGGGAUUGAUUUUGAUUGUAUAUCAUUUUGCUUUGUUAUCUCAUAAAUAUUAUUUAGGGACUUCUUUUAAAUUGUGUUUAUAAUUACAUGUAUGUAUUUCGCUCUUUUUAACAUAACGAGCAACAGAAUUGACUGGUACAAAACUGCGGGUAUAUUUUAUUUUUAGCAAUAUAUUUUCUAGAGAAUAUUUGGUGCGUACUUGUAACUAAGGAAGAAGUAUUUAUCAUAUCAUUUGCCAAAAUAUUUUUUGGAAAUGCGUUAGUAUUAUGAAGAACGAUGAUUGAUCUUUUAAAGAAUAGUUAAAAAGAAGUCUCUUUCCUGUAUGAAAGAAAACAUGAGAUAUUGAUCAUUUUGAAAUAACAAAAAUUACUACCAAGUGAUAUUCCUAUAUGAAGAAAAAUGAUAUUAUUCUACUCAAAUUUUGCUUAAGAUUACCUGCAGAUCUGUGACUAACGUUAUCCUCAUAAAGUAAUCUCUUUUUGGGAGUAAUUUCGGCUAUUGAAACUAUUAAAAUACCGGCUACUAUACUAUAUUAAAUGUCUUAUUCUGACUGUAGAUUAUAGACUGUUUGGACUUAUGUGUUUCUUUUGUAAAGAAAAACAUGAUAAGGAUCUGAAGAAAUUUUACCACAAUCUUUUCUAUGUGAGUAUCAUUGGAUGAUCCCAAGGACCACAACUAAGAUACAUGAAAUAGUUAAAAAACUUUUUGGUUUACCUUAUUUUCAGUGCCAUUUGGUCCUGUAUGACAAAUAUAACAAGAAGCCCAAGGGGGCCUAUACUCUACUGGCAUGAAUUUUUAUUGGUAUUUUUUUAUCCAAAGCGUAGUAAUAGACAAUAUACUGAACCCACAUUCAAAGGGGAGCAAUCAGUGUACCACAUGUUUAACAACGAAAGGGAGAUAAAACACUAUGAUUAUUCACAACUUCAUACUGACGUUUUUCACAUACAGACCAUCAAGUGUGGAAAUGAUUGUCUAAUGAAGCUCAGUUUCUUAAAAAAGAUGAAUAUUAUCUUACCAAAAUAGUUGCAGGUGAUACUUGGCAAAAUUUGAAUAGUAUAUUAACAAUUCUUUGUUAGAUUUUUUCAAUGUUUAGAGGUGCUAAUUUAGUUUUCUCUUCUUUUAUAUUUUCUGUACUAAUAUUCAAUAUAAAAUGAGUACGCGAAAAAGUAAAAUACCAGCUUUUUACACAAAAUAAUUGAUGUAUAACAGGCUAUUUGAAAAAAAUAUGACUAACAAUAUUACAAAGUUUUAAGAAGUUUCGAAUUGAUGUAAUGGCUUGCUUAUUUCCACUAUUCUAUCAAAAUUUUAAGCACACAGGCUUAUUAAAAUAGUUCAGAUAUGAUUGUAUUUUAAAAAAAAAAAAAAUGCUGCUUUUAUCACAUAAAGACAUAUUGCAGACUGCAAUGUAAUUUGCCGGCUUGUAUGUCAACUUAAUACUUGCCAACACAUGCUAGUAUGUCAGUUUAUAUUAAUUUUCCUCACGUUAUUCUUCAAAUUAUUUAGCCCUUCAUACAUAUUCAACAUGUAUAUCAAAUAACUCGUGUAUAUUUAUUUGUUAUAUAUAUCUGUUAUCAUCUGAAAAGCUUUAAUUUCGAUUACGUCUGGUGACUAUAGUGUGUUAGAUCACAUUCUCCAUAUAAAUAAAAUGUGCAAGAAA